AUGUCUUCACAAGGACCUCUAAUCUAUAGUUUUGUCGCUAGAGAGACAGUGAUCCUAGCUGAGUACACCGAGUUCACCGGGAAUUUCCAAAGCAUUGCUGCCCAAUGUCUUCAGAAACUCCCCACCACCAACAACCGGUUCACGUAUAACUGCGAUGACCACACGUUCAACUACCUCAUUGAGCAAGGAUUCACAUACUGUGUUGUCGCGGUUGAGUCUGCAGGAAGGGAGCUUCCUAUUGGCUUCUUGGAGCGUAUUAAGGAUGACUUUUAUAAUAAAUAUGGGGUAGGCAAAGGCCAAACUGCUGGUGCAAAGGGCCUGAACAAAGAGUUUGGAUCGAAACUGAAAGAGCAUAUGCGCUACUGCGUCUCACAUCCAGAAGAAAUUAGCAAGAUUGCUAAGGUCAAGGCUCAAGUUACUGAAGUCAAGGGAGUGAUGAUGGAGAACAUCGAGAAGGUACUUGAUCGUGGAGAGAAGAUUGAACUACUUGUUGAUAAGAGCGACAACCUUCGCAAUCAGGCACAAGAUUUCAAGAAACAAGGAACCAAGAUAAAGAGGAAAAUGUGGAUUCAUAAUAUGAAGGUGAAACUCGUAAUAUUUGGUAUCGUUAUUGCGUUGUUGCUGAUCAUUAUUCUCUCAGUCUGCCCAGAAUUCAAAUGCAAUUAA